AUGGCUGUAAGGGCCUUGAAGAAAGAGGCCAGGUCGUGGUUCAAUGAGAAGGGAAGCAAUUUGGAUUCUGAAGACGAUGAUGUGUAUGCAAAAGCCUCGGCUUGGUACCAUGUUACUUACCAUCCAAAAUACUGGGGAGUCUACAAUGAGGGAAUGAACCGGCCUCAUUUCUUGAGUUUCCCCUGGUGUGUGUAUGACAAGCUGAUCCACAUCAAGAAGAAGAAGGUCGCUAGAAGGAAGGAGCUGGAAAAGCUGGAAUACCAGCUACAGCAUGAUCUGCGAUUGUGA